ACACAUGUCCUCUGAAACGCGCUCCCAUAACAGGUACUCGUUAUUGUGGUAUACUUAUAAUCAGUGGUGGCUACGAUGGCAUAAAAAGCUCCUGAAGAGUCGCAAUCUGUUAUUCAUGCCCGCGCAGCUGUGCUCCGCCUAACACUGUACUUUAUACAUGGCAUAUCAUUCCUCAGCCAGUUUUCGAACUGGAGUUGCUGGUCAAUUUGAUUCCUCAUACCCUCAUUUGAUUUCGCACAUAUCACUUCAGGACAAGUCAGAGUCGCGAUCGAAGCCGAUGUAUGAAGAUAUGAAGAACAUCCAAUAUUGGAUCACAGCGGUCAAUUUGGGCGAAAAGCCUGAUAUUGACUCCAAAGUGCCUUCAUCACCUGACGGCAUCUUUGCGCAUCCAUUCAGUUCCUUCGGCGAUCACGAUCCUUGUGAUCUGCAGGAUGACGAAUACGGAUCCUGCGAUGGCCUUGAUGGUCUGAUGACUUUUGACAUAAGUCCUUGGCUAGCUCACCAUAUGAAGUCUCUUUCGGACAGCAGCGAUGACACUGCUACGAAUUCUACCGUUCCUGACAGCGAAGCCACGGCGCAAUACAUUAACAUUGCUUGGGACAGUCCGUGGUACCGCUUACCUGGGACCAGUAGUCCAGUUUCUUCUUCGCCUCUCCCAGAUUCCUACUCUUGCGCAUGUUCGCCAGACGUUCGGCAAGCCAUGGCGCAACAAGAGCUUUUACUGGACUUUUUCCACGAGGAGUUGCGCCGGAUCAUUCCGGGUACUCACGAUUAUAACUCUGCUUGGUUAGAAGAUGUUGACCCCGACCUGGUUCUUUCACCGGUCCAGAGCUAUGAGGAGCUGUGUUGGCAAUCAGCGGUCUUCGACACUCACAAGUGUCACCCUGAUGUGCCUGUAGGGCUUGGCGAUUAAGCUUAUAGGAGAUUUUAAGAGGUUUGCUGAGCAAGAACAUCGAUGUGGGGUCACUUUUUGGGGUUUCUUUUCAUUGUAUCAAUAUAUCAGGUUGAACUGUUGCACUGUUAUAUACUGCCAUCCUGUGUUCGCGUUCAUUUCAAGUUUUUUACAAAUUCGCUUCCACUUCUCCUCCGAGCUCGUUUGUAAAUGUAAUAUUACUGUUUGUGCUUUGACAUAGAACGUCCCACACUUUAAACGAGCGUAUCGUUGCUCGCUUCCUCAGCUCGCCUCAGUUGUUCGCGAGACAAAUCGUUCGAGUUGAAGAUUUUUACUGGUAAAUUUCUCCGGAUAUCCCGACUUAUACUUUACAAAUGCGUUCGCUGAAUCUGAAUGAUAUGCCAUGAC